GAGACCUCCUGGCUCUGCCAAGGAGUGACUGCAUAGCAGCAGAACAACUGUGCCUCCUGGACUCUGCCUGCAAUGGCACCUACAGGAUCCUAGAAAACUGUGCCCUGGCUAAGACUCGCUUCCUUCCACUGGAUCAUGAUACCAGAGUCCAAUGUCUGAAUGCAGAGCUAGGCUUCGGGAACAGCUCUUUGCUGCACUGCAAGUGCCACCGGCGCAUGAAGAGACAGGAGCACUGCUUACGUGUUUUCUGGACCAUUCACUCCAGCAUGACAGAUGGUUAUUUCAAUUUGGAGACCUCUCCCUAUGAGAAUCCAGCAAAUGAGGAACACUGGAAGACAGACUAUAAUAAGCUGGCAGCUCUGUUAUCAGGCUCACAGUUAGCAAGAGAUGCAACAAAUCCAUGCCUAAAAGCAACUCAUGUCUGUAAUCUGAGCAAGAAGUGCGUUCGUCUGCGCACAGAGUAUGCCUCUAUCUGCACCAAAGGAGUAGGAAGUGAGGAUGUGUGUGACCGUCGCAAAUGCCACAGAGGGCUAAGGAAUUUCUUUGAGAAAGUCCCUGAGGAUUUCACCAAAAGCAUCCUAUUCUGUCCAUGUCAAGAUGAGCUUUGUGGAGAACGACGCCGGAAAACUAUUGUUCCAAAUUGUUCUUUCCAGUAUAGCACCAAACCAAAUUGCCUCUGGCUUCUGGACUCCUGCUUAGAAGACCAUAUCUGCAAAUCCCGACUGGCUGACUUCCAACAAAAUUGUCAACCUGCAGACAUGUCUCCAGAUGGUUGUUCUCAGCACAGCCAUGCUGCAUGCCUGCAGGCUUACAUGGGGAUGAUUGGCACACCCAUGACACCCAACUAUGUCAGCAACUCCAGUGUGGAGGUAUCUCUGUGGUGUACAUGUGAGAGCAGUGGCAACCAGAAGGAGAAGUGUGACCAGAUACUCAGCAUGUUUGAGAACAACAAAUGCCUUGAAAAUGCCAUUUGGUCUCAAAUGCACCUGAAACAGACAGCUCUAGAAAGACAGGAAGACUUCUUUUAUUCAUCUUCCCUAAGCUUCCAAGGAGACAGUGCCAGCACAUCUCUUGCUUCAGAAAUGUCCCAGGUGGCUGAAGGGAAGACACAGCGAGACAUCUCCAAACACAGCAGUAUGCCAAUGGCCUCCUCAGUAUAUUCUGGAGCUGCUGUUUCUUGGCCAUCCCUGGCUCUGUUCCUGCCCCUGUGGCUGAGCCCACAUUAACUUGGCAUAAAUGGCAUCUUUCCUUCCCAUAUUACUAAUUUUAUUUCACAUCCAGGCACAUCCCACUA